UCACUCCCUCUUUCUCAUGCUGUCCCCCGUCAAAUGAACUUUUUCAUCUCCUCACCCUUUCGUCCUCUCCAGCUCCCAACCUUGUCGACCAUCGAAAAACUGGGAGGAUUCCCCUGGCGACGAAAGUAACGACACCCAACGCCACAACAACAGCGCCCUGGGAUUCCUUCGUAAGCUGCACGGCUUCUCUGCGCACGUAGGACCUGACAGAGUCUUAGCGGACCCGGAAUCGAAACCAAUCGUGCUUCUCAUUGCGUUAGCUAAGCCAUCCAUCGACUCGGGCUUUCGGGAAAAUCGGGUUGCUGGUUUUUCUGGGGGAACCCGACCAUUCGAUCCUUUCAUCCCUUCGCAUAUUACACUAUAGUGUCAACAAACCUUCGGAGCUCCUAAUUAAUCGACGACCCAGAGCUUUCCGACCGCUGAAGCUCCUCUCUUUUGCUUUUUUUUUUUUUUCCUCAAUUGAAGCGACAAAACGCUGGGACGGCUGGUUAUUCCGACGAUAUCACCACGAGGCUUCGAUAAGGUCGGAUAGUCGACGCCACCUACGAAGCCAACGACCAGGCCGCCCGCCUUCUCCCUGGCCUAUUCGCUGAGCCAACCAAAGUCAAAAGCCUGUGUACGCUUGUACCUACAGGCUGGCAACUGAGUUCACGACUCUAAUUAGCACUGGUCGCCAUUGAAUUGGUCGAGGUGUCUACCAUCUUUUUGCUCCCGUCGCUCCGAGGACUCCUCUAAGAAGGUUUAUUUUCGGUCCCUUCAACAUGUCCAGCAGUAACUCAACCGUUGAAACAUCGGCGCCGCCGCCGAGCACUCCGGCUCCUCCCCCUCCGACGCCAACUACACCUACCACGUCGAACCCUCCUCCUCCUCCUCAGACCACACCAACUACUUCGACACCACCGCCGCCUCCUCCGACAACUACACCACCACCGCCGCCGCCAUCAACUUCCACUACUCAACCGCCGCCGCCGCCGCCGUCGACGACUCAACCUCCACCGACAACUCAGGUCGUAACAACAAUCAUAGACCCAUCUAAUCCCGGCAGCACUAUCACGCAGACGGUAGUACAAACCAACCCGGCACCCAGCCCGCCCGCAUCUACCUCUGGGCCAGCAACUAGCCAACCCCCUGCGAACAAUGGAGCGAGCGGAAAUGGCGGCUCGGGAAUGUCUGGCGAGGCCAAGAUUGCUGUGGCAGUGGUAGUACCAAUCGCGGCGGUUGCACUGCUUGUGCUUGCUGCCCUGUGGUUCUGGCGCAAGCGCAAGGCUCGCAAGGAAGCCGAAGAACAACGCCGUAAGGAGGUUGAGGAGUACGGCUUCAACCCCAACGCAGACGGGCCAACGGUUCCAAAUUUUGGUGGUGGCUCUUAUGCCAUGGCGGAGGACACGUCUUCAGGUUACCGAGGCUGGGGCUCAACAACGAUGGCAGGCUCAACCGGACGCAAGGCUUCGACCACUAUCUCCAGCGGCGCGGCGGCGGGCGCCUUCUCGGAUAUCAACUCCCCUAGCCGCGGCAAUCACAUGUCGGAUUCGCGUAGUAGCGAGCCGCUAAUGUACGACCAUACCCACGGCGACGGUUCGAUUUCCCCCGAGGGCGAGAUCCUGGGAGCUAUGGGCCCCUCAGCUGCAGCAAACCGUGGCGCCGACGUCCGUAGGGGGCCGUCGAAUGCGUCUUCGUCUUAUAGCGCAGCGGGUCGCUCCGACGGAUCUGGUGACAUGAAUGGUAUCGGCAUGGCCUAUGGCGGCGAUCAGCCCUCAUACGGAGCCGGCAACGCUUACGGCAUCAACAGUCCCUACGCAGACAACUAUGGAAGCAGCCCCCCUGCCCCUGCAUCCGGAAUGGCCAAUGGCGGGCGUGGCGCGGACUUCAACGGUGGCACCAGCUCGCCCAUAAUCAAGGACAACCCGGCUCGUCGCAACACUCGCAUCGAAAACUCGAGUCAUUACCCACAACAAGCUGCGGGUAUCUCACAGAACUUCUAACUUGCCUUAAAAGAUUGUCAAUUCGGGACCUCGCAAACAUCGCCUGCUGGAUAGACAGGCGUAACCCAUCGUAUAUAAACGUCACCAAAAGCACCAUAAUUCGUUCAAUCGCUCUGGGAAUAUCGCCCACGAUACCCGACCUUUCCGAUUCCCUUAUUUUGCUACCUUUUUAUACUUUUAUUAUGGAGACGAUGGGCUCCAUCCAGUAUGGGAUUCGAUUCUUACCCCCUAGCUUGCGCCCGACGCGGCCGUAUUUUAGAGUCUGUACGGUACGGGCGUCUUGAGAAGGAUAUGUGGAGCGCUCAUCAGAACUUUCUCUUUUGUCUUUAAAAACCUUUUCUGUCAUGUCUGCGUAUUGCGCACACCUCGCAGAUAGCGUUCUCCUUGCUUGUCUACUUGCUAUUUUUCUUAUUCUCCACGAUACAUAUUUGAUCUGGCUAUUGUUCAUUUUCGGUAAUUCUCACUUAGGUAACCUAGCUCUACAUAAUGAAAUAACAGUUACCAGCGAAUA